AUGUACAUUCCUCUUGAUAGAGCGGCUCGCAUCAACCACGACGCGACGGCCGAAAAUGUCGCAAACAUUGUUUGGUUGAUGGCUGAUGGCCUCUCCAUCAGUCCGAUAAUGAGGGGACUAGAAUACGAAGGAAGCCGAGGCUCAUUGUUCAAGCAGUAUUGGGGCGCUCUCGGGGCUUGGCUGUCCCAGCCACAGAUCAUAGCUUUAGUAAUGACAUGGGCGAUUGUAUUCACCAUCGCGAGUAUGAUUAUACUCGGCCUAGGGUUUGGCCCAGCCGGAGUUGGCGCUGGAACAUUGGCGGCCGCUUUCCAGUCUUGUGUGUAUGGAGCUUUCACCCCAGCAGGGGGGUUAUUCGCAACACUGACAAGCAUGGCCAUGUUGGGAACAUUGAUGCCAUGGGCCGCUGUCGUUUCUGGGAUUAUUGCAACGUUAGUCACAGGCCUUGUGUGGGAAUAUGGUGUAGGUCGAUAG